GUAAUUAGUCACCCUCUGCACCGUGUCCAGUGGCCCGUCCACCCCGUCCUCUUUCCUUGCAAAGUCCAGCCCGGUAACAUGCCGAAGACCUGAUUCUGCGACGGUGGCACGCGCCCUCAUCAUACGACUUGGCCAUGCCAGGCUAACCAUGGGCUUCUCAGGCUCGAGACCGUUCCCCAGUACUUAGUGCACGAGGAAACCCAUUCCAAUCAACACCUGAGAUGUCGGCUUUGUGAGGCCAGCCACCCGUAGAUGUGACAGUGCAUCUGCACCAUUACCAAAGACAGAGACAAAGUUCCAACACCCUGGCAGGGCAGGCAAUUUUUUUAGGCUUUGUUCAAAGUUCGACCUCCGAACACCGUUCUCUGCUCUAGAAGAGCUUUGCCGGACCUUUCACUGCACGGCUUUGCGGCGUCACACACACACACACACGCUCUAUCUACAUUAACCAAUAUAAUCGACCACGUCACCCUAGGGGGAAGUUUGAGCCAGACCCGGCGUGCUCCAUCUGGACCUCUUUUUACUUUUACAAAUCCUUCCAGUCGGCCGACAGUAAAAGAUCCCACGCACCAACUUGAUAAUUUUUCUCGUCACACAUCCAAAUUAUUGCCUCGCAUCAAAAACAGGUCUGCUCUUCCUUCUGGAGCCUCUCAGCAGACAGAAAGUGGACAAAUUCUCAACCCAUCCCAGGACAGUCCACCAGUUCCCUGGACGCACGCCAUCUGCCAAGCGAGACACGAACAGCCAGGACGCGUUGGUCAGCGAGCUUGAUCUGCACACAGUCGCCAGUGGCUCCCCAAGUGAUUCCCUCCUAGGUCUCCUCCUAGCCACCUAUAACCGCCCGCGUUUUUGGCCAGAGACCCCGCAUCUGACUUCUCACUCCGAGAUUUUGGCUUCCUCACACAGCCACGCCUUAGAAGGUCCCAGUCCGUUUGCCCAAUUAUUCAUCGGUCUAGGGCACCUGUCCAGUCACCUGUUUGCAACAGACUCCGAAGGCCUGAAGGGCCACACCAAGGGAACUGAUCGCAAAUCCUGCCCACCUCGUCCUUGCGAAUCUACCGACUUCUGCCUCCUUCACCACUAAGCCUCUGGGAGUCAGCCCCUACCACUGCCUGCCUGCGAAGCAAUUCCCGGGGGUCGCCACACAUUUCUCCCCUAACAAACCUACUGAGCUUUCAGAAAAGACACCUUAAAAAACCCCUCACAAAACAUCCCAGCACCCUUGGUCGCGACAUCACCAAGUUGGCACACCUUGCAUCCCUUUUUCAUCAUUAUCCUGAAAACCGCCACUUAGACUCACACAUUCUCUUCAUCGUCACUCCCCAUCCUUCUCCGUUUUCUCUUUACAAAAACAACAAGAGACCCAAAACAAAGAAAUAGACCUGCUCCACAUAACAGGGCGCCUUCACGCCUGCAGCGCGCCCACUGCUUCUAACCACAUUCCGACCUCGAUCCCCUUAUCUACCGCCACUAAUCAUCCAGAGACAGGGCUCCUGCCCGGGCACCCAUCCCCCGCCCACUCUUCCGCCAUUCACAUGAAUCUAACAUCAUCACCACUUGAUCUCUCACAUCCGACCUCUCCUUCAGUUGCCGGUUCUUCGCUCUCACAGGACGAUGCAGUCUCAAUAACCAGACUUGCGGAGGACGCGGCGCAUCCCUCGGCAAAUGGUAGUGCCGUGCCCGCCGCUGGACAACCUGCAACCCUCCAACCUAUCGUCGCACUCAAAAAGCCCAAGAUGACGCAUCGUCUGACUCGCAUGUUCUCGCGAACCGACCAAAAGGACGUCGACGCAGCCAGGGCAGACCUCAAAAAGGAUUCUUCUCCUGAAGGUCGCCCUGAAAACGGCCAGGUCAACGGCAACAGCCGUCCUAGCACUGGCCGACAGUCUUCGUAUGAGGACAAAACAAGUCUCAAGAAGAUGAACAUUCUCAAGGACAAGUCCAAGGGUGAUGUCACCAACGAUCACCCUGCCGUCCACAAACGAUUCGAGAUCAACGACAAUGGGUCUCAUCAACACUUCCUCAAGUCGGCCAAGAGACAGGAAAGGUUGUCCGAUAUGCUUCGUGACAUUCUAGGCGGCGGCAAGAAGAAAGAAGAAGGAUACGGUGGCGAGCAGCAACUGUCGCUCAUGUCAUCAUGGGUCGAUCAAUUAAGGUCAGAAAAGGACGGCCUUGCUUCUGAGAAGAGAGGUGGCCCCAAUGCCACCGCCAAUCUGGUCGAAAAAUAUGGCAAAUGUCAGGAGAUUGUUGGCCGGGGUGCUUUUGGCAUCGUUAGGAUUUCACACAAACCUGAUCCGACCUCUGCGGCUGGAGAACAACUCUAUGCCGUCAAAGAAUUCCGCCGGCGUCCCCAGGAAACCAGCAAAAAGUACCAGAAACGCCUGACAUCCGAGUUUUGCAUCUCAUCUUCUCUACGUCACCCCAAUAUCAUCCACACCCUCGACCUCCUUCAAGACGCCAAAGGUGACUACUGCGAAGUCAUGGAAUACUGUGCAGGUGGCGAUCUUUACACACUAAUCCUCUCUGCGGGCACCCUUCAAGUGGCCGAAGCCGACUGUUUCUUCAAACAACUCAUGCGUGGCGUCGAGUACAUGCACGAGAUGGGUGUUGCCCACCGGGACUUGAAACCCGAGAAUCUUCUUUUGACGACUCAUGGAGCCUUGAAAAUUACCGAUUUUGGCAAUGGAGAGUGUUUCCGUAUGGCGUGGGAAAAGGAGGCCCACUUGACGGCCGGCCUCUGUGGCAGCGCGCCCUACAUCGCCCCCGAAGAGUAUGUUGGAGGCGAGUUUGACCCGCGCGCCGUUGAUGUCUGGGCCUGUGGUGUCAUCUACAUGGCCAUGCGAACUGGUAGGCAUCUUUGGAGAGUGGCUCGCAAGGAUGAAGACGAGUUCUACGAGAGAUACUUGGAAGGACGCCGAGACGAAGAUGGGUAUGCUCCCAUCGAAACAUUGCAUCGGGUGAGUCCCCAACCUUGUUCAUUGAAACCGACCCUUCUAACCAGAUUUUUUGAAGUCACGCUGCCGGAACGUCGUCUACAGCAUCCUCGAUCCCAAUCCCUCCCGUCGAAUCACUGCAUCCCAAGUUCUGAAAUCCGAGUGGGGACGCGAGAUGAAAGUGUGCAAAGCAGGUGAAGAGGGUUACUAGCCACCAGCCCUUGCCUCGUCGGCUACCCCUGCGUUCACACAGUUGUCAAUAAAGCCAGCCGCGACGACCGAAGGAUUCACAUCCGCUCGUCUCUUGAUGAGAAUGACAUGACGAUGCGACGACCAAUUUCCUCACUUCAAGGAGCAAUGUUGGCCGGUAUUUCUUACAUGCCUAGUUACAUUUUCGACUUAUGGUCGAUCACUAAAGACCUCAUGUCCAAAAAGAACCCAUGGGAGGACAGAGAAUUUUUUAUGCCAUUCAUGAAAUGGAGCACAGCAUAGCGAAGUUUGGACACUAGUCAUUCGUUGAACUUGCCUUGAUGGAGGGACCACAAAGACCUUUGAACGAAAAGAUAACAGGUUUUAUGUUCAAGUGUAAACAGUGUGAAAGGGUUGAUAAGUGGGAAUUAUGAUUAUUUGACCGAGUGAUGCCUUGCCGUAGCACUUCACCUCGUCCUUCACGUCCUUGUAUCCAUGGAUCAUGCUGUGAAUGGCGUGCACGUGGCUCUGUAAAUCAAUUAAAUCAAUAUUACUCUGCAGGUUCCAGCAGUG